AUGUCUCGCUCUGAAGCCUUGGCCGAUGUUGACCUGCGUGCCAAACUGAAGGUGUUCCGGACGGACAUCGCCAUGGCAAUAGACGACCCUUUCCCACUACUCUUCGGCUUGGCAGACCACAGCAUCAUCUCAGAGGCCCUCCUCAAGGAGACGACAGAGAGAGCAGAGAAGGAGGGGAUCCACAAGGCCAUGUAUGCGCUCAUUUCCUGCCUUCACCACCAGGGCGGCGACACCAUCCCUGCCUUUUGGAAGAACCUCUCCAAGGAGUACAACCAGCAGAGCUAUCCCAAGCUGCAGAGCCUUCUUAGCAGAAUAUUUAGAGUUCAGGGCAGGGCCAGGAAAGACAGUGGGAGUGGCCAACAGCUGAAAGCAAGUGGGAGUGGCCAACAGUUAAACACCAGUGGGAGUGGGAGUGGUCAACAGCUGGUGCCCCGCCCCAGGAAACGAGAAGCUCCGCCCAGCACAGUAGUUGCAGCGUUGCCUGGUUCUGGUGAAGGCAGAGAGUCAGAGACUGCAGUGACACACACCAGCCAGACGGGGGAGUUGCUCGGCAGCAAAACAGCCUCUCGACCAGGGGACAUUAAUGAUGAUGAGUGUGCGGUGUGUAAAGACGGUGGGGAGCUGAUCUGCUGCGAUGGCUGUCCUCGAGCCUUCCACCUGGGCUGCCUGGACCCCCCACUCUCCUGCAUACCCAGUGGUAGCUGGCGAUGUAUGCUCUGCCAGAACACCCACGUGCAGGCUCAAAGAAGCAGUGCAGCAGUACAGGGCCAGUGGGUGGAGCCGUGCGGUAGCUCCACUGUGGACUUCUCCAUCUUCACAUCCCUCUCUGCUGUCAUGGCAACCAGUUGCAGUUCCCACGGCAACUCCUCCCAGCAUCCUCUACAGUCUGCCACAGCAGAGAGCAGUGUGAGGGUGCUGUGUGGGAUUUGCCACCUGAGUGGAGGUGACAUCAUCACCUGUGUCCAGUGUCAACAGGGAUUUCACAACUACUGCCACUUCUCAGGAAGCAGUACCACAUGCAAAUCCUGUAGUAUCUCCUGGAGCAGAAGAGAAGAACAGUCCCGCGGCCUACAGGCUUGUGAUGUGACGGAGCAGGCGGGCACGGUGAUGAGGAGGGAGGAGUUUGACUCUGGCGUUGGAGAGCAAGGCCCUGUAGACACUAUUCUGCAGUGGGCCUUCCAUAACUUGUCUCGUCCUCUGAGUGAUUCUCAAGGCUACUUCCCAUAGACACACAUACACACACGCACACGCACACA